GACAGUAUCUUCAACGAGGCGUUUUGGGGAGGUCGAGGCAGAUUCCUCGUGUGCCGUGUUUGGCCUCGGAGCUGUCGGACUGGCGGCCAUCAUGGGCUGCCAGGCUGCUAAGGCCAGCAGGAUCAUUGGCGUGGAGGUAAACCCAGAGAGGUUUGAGAAAGCCAGACUGUUCGGAGCCACUGAAUGUGUCAACCCCAGAGAUCAUGCCAAGACCAUUCAGGAGGUUCUGCUGGACAUAACAAGCGGUGGGGUGGACUACGCUCUGGAGUGUGUCGGGAGUCCAGUUGUUAUGACCUCUGCGUUCGAGUCCACUAGAGAUGCCUGGGGAACCUGUGUCAUUGUCGGAUGGUCGGAGUCUGAGGCAAUAAACAUCAAGGUUGAAAAGAUCCUGAUGGGACGCACCUUGAAGGGGACUUAUUUUGGAGAUUGGAAGAGUGUGGAGGAUGUGCCUAAACUGGUGAAUGACUACAUGAAUGAGAAGCUGAAGCUGGAUGAGUUUAUCACCGACCAACUCCCACUGGAGAAAAUCAAUGUGGCCUUUGAUCAUCUGAAAAAAGGGAAAGGGUCUCCUCUGCCUGCGUGAUAUCAAUCACACAUGACGCACUUUAGACCACACCCCCUCCUCCCAAAGAAACUUUUCAAGAAUACGAAAGCAGUAUGGAAGAUAAGAGAGGAAGAUCAACGGACAGAGGACGUGUUGUGACGGGUGUUUAUGUGACUAGGCAUCCUCAUUUUUAAAUGUGUGACAUGCUUCCAGAUUUGUAAAGCUUUCUUUGGGGCCUUUUGCCUGAAUAUCUGCCUUAUCUUUGGGAAAACUAUCCAACGUUACUUAUCUUUUAUUUCCUCUUUGUGUUUGAACUUUAAAACCUCUGUAAUUGUCUCAGCUUUUUGCAACAUGGAGGAUAUGCUAUAUACAUUUCUAACAGUCAAUCUUAUAUUUUGUAUUUGUGUAACUUUUCUGCAGAUAUCUUCUCGAUAGGAAAUGUGUUAUAAGUGGUAUAGCGUUAAACAUAAAUAGAGACAGCUAACAUUUGCAAAUUGAAAUCAUAUUUACAUUUUUAUUUCUGGGUUCAUUUGUUUUCCCUCUUGCUGUCAUGUCACUUCACGGCGACGUCUCUUUAAGGCACGAGUCUUCAUGGAGAUAAUUGACAAAUAACAGAAAUGUCAGAUGAGGUAAAUGUCAUCACACAAAUAAAAGCAUGUCUGGAAAAAAAUGUCAAAAGGUGUCACCUUGACUUUAAGAAACGUCCUCUUAUUUACUUAGAAUGUACCGUAUUCCUGUGUGACAGAUGGCAUAUUAAAUAUUAGGAGAACAAAACUAUUUUAAAGCCCGCUUUCUUUUUGUUAAAAGCAAAUCAAAAAUAUAAUACACUGACACCCAUGUACGCACAUCUUUAAGGGGAAAUAAGUUUGCACUGAUUCAACUGGUAAU